AUGGAGGCAUGCACUGUUACUUACCGCAAUGGACAGACUGCAAGACUGGAAAAUGUAUUCAUUCGUGGCUCAAAGAUUCGCUUCCUCAUUUUACCAGACAUGUUGAAGAAUGCACCCAUGUUCAAAAACAUGACCGGCAGAAAAGGAGGGGCGGCAGGCAGUGGUAAAUCGGCUAUAUUAAGAGCACAAGCUGCACGUGGUCGAGGUCGAGGAGGCAGAGGUGGGAGAGGCUGGGGUCCUGGUGGUCCUAUGAGAAGGUAGAUCGGCUGUUGUAAUUCACAUGUCUGUCAUGCUCUCAUUUCCAAUGUUCAUUGGUACCAUUUGUCUUGUUGCCAUUGAGAGCAUGAUACUUAAAAGAAAUCUCCAUAUACAAGUUUCUAGUGCGUACUUUACAUUUAUAAUUUAAGGCCAUGUGCUUUAUUUAAAAAAAAAAAAGUUAAAUGAUUGAUUUUUAAUUAAAAUGAUUAUUGUUUACCAAGUCUCCUCAAAGAGUAAUGUGUAUACCCAAUUCAAUUUUAUAACCCUAGCAGUUGCAGUUCUCUUGCAUCCAAUUAAUUAAUUAAUUAGUGUCCUUUGAGCCAACUCAGUAUUUGAGGAUUUAUCACAUUUGUACUGAAAAUAAUGCAUUAAAUAGAUUUUUUUGUAACUGAUGUAGUGCAGUUCUUUGACUCCUAGUAUUUUUUAUUAUUUUAAAGAAAGUGAUGGAACCUAAUUAGACACCAUUCAUUCCAUAGAAAUAGUUAUCUUUUCUUUUAUUCAAUGAAAUGUGUUGCAAUGGGUAAAAGAAAUCUUAUAUUUCAAAAAAUUAUAUUCUUACCCUUUGUCAAAAGUAAAAGUUUCUUUAUUA